UGUGAGAGAACGUAGAUAUCGUAGAUUUUACACAUCUUACACGGAAUACGGGUUCAGUAACAGUAGAGGUUAGGAAGGGAAGUAAUUGAUAAAGUACUUUAGGAGAAAAAACAGAUUCUGAAGUUUUAUCAGCUGAUAUUGCGAAUGGGAAAAUGAUUAACUUUUGCUGCCCAGCCCUAAAUCCCACGAUUCUAUGCAGUACUGUGAGUACCGAUGGUUACGAAGUGACAAAUCUAGUUUCGAGUAAUGCAGAUGAAGCUCGGAAAGGUUUCUUGGCUUAUAAUGCCAUUAAACCUCCGGUGACAAUAACCAUUAACUUUUUCUGCAGUGUCAACGUAAGUCACAUAAUUUUGUGGUCACAAGUUGGUUGUCAGAAGUCUACUGGAUUUGAAAUUUAUGCGAACUCAGCGUCGAAAUCCAAAUCACAGGAUUAUCAGAAGGCUGCAUAUGGUUAUCUUGAAGGUGAUGAAAUAGGUGUAAUAUUUUAUCGAAGAGGCAGUUACCACGAGUGCAUUAAAUAUACCAAACAACUGAAUUUUUUUGCUUGGAAAGCCAUUCCUGGAAGAACAUGUUAUUUUCUUAAUAAUGCAGUAAGUUUACAGAUUAAAAUAAUUAAAACAAGGUCGUCAGUUCCUGCUUUGGCUAGAGUAGAAGUAUGGGGAAACCCAAGUAAAUCGUGUGACCAAGCCAUCAAGCACAGUGUUUUUAAAUUGUGGGCAGACAGAAGUCCGAAGAAAGAAACUAUGUGCUGUGAUGAGUCAGAGAGACAAUUACAAACUGUUUCCGAUUCUGAUGUGGAGUUUGAAAUUCCUGAGGAAUUUCUUGAUUCAGUAACUUGCACAGUAAUGGCUCUUCCCUUCAUUUUGCCUUGUGGGAAGGUUGUGGAUCAAAGUACGCUUGAGAGACAUGAACAGCACGAAGCAAAGUGGGGACGAGCACCUAAUGACCCAUUCACAGGAAGGAUAUUUAAUGAAAAUCACCGGCCCAUUCCAGCCACUUCUCUUAAAGCUUGUAUUGAUAAGUUUCUUAUUGAGCAUUCUGAGAGACAAGAACUGACAUAUGUACCAAGAACCACAGGCAGGGAAAAGAGAAGUAGAGUUCAUGAAGCAAGUUGCAGUAGUGUGUCUCCAGCAGACAUUAAACUCAGUACCUCUGUAGGGUGUCCAACUGAGAGUAAGGAAGUGACUUGUCUAUCUGCUUCAAAAAAUGUAUAUCAGUUGAGGCAUAAAAGCCCAAAGUACAGAGAUGAAGAUGUGACUGGGACUAAGAUACCUGAUGUAGAAUCAUAUGAGGAGAAGGUAGACUGGAGUCUGGACUUUGCUGUCAAGUCUACUCUCGCAGGUCUUCCUACAUAUACUAGAUUCAAUGAUCAUGUGGUCAUUCAGCAGUGUGCUGCAUGUAGUAGUGACAGCAUUUUGUUUAAACUUCCUUGCAAACAUUUUUUGUGUAGGGUGUGUCUUGUGUUGAAGAAGGAAUCCAAGAAGUUAAUCUGUGAUGUGUGUAAAGCUUGUUUCCAGUCUAGUGAUCCAUUACGAUAUCAUGUAUAGUUCUCAAAGGGUGGAAUAUUAUGUUGAUUACCAGUGAAAUAGCUUCGUCACUUGGAAACCUUCAUACUGAGUCUUCAAUCUCAGACUAUUCCCAAUGUAAGUUAACAGUGUAAUUGAAUGCAUAGUAAGAAUGAAUGUGUACCUGUGUAAAUUAGUACACUUCUUUCUGUUUAUCCAUGCACUCUAGGUUAUUCUUAUCAUAUGUUUGUAAGCCUGUGUUGCUGAAAGAACAGGAUGAGUUUAUUAAAGAGCUGGAAACAGUA